AUGGCGCACGGAAGUCAGCCAUAUAAAAACAAUCCUCGUCCCUGUUCAAACACAUCACCUUCGAUGAGCAACCUGAAUGAAGCGAUGAGAAAAUCUCACUUUCGAGACAUUGAUGCUUGGGACGCUCUUAGGAAGCGUGAUCUUGAGUACGCCAUCAACCUCCUUGUCUCAGGCGAAUGGACUAUCAACGGUGACAUAAAAGACGGUUGGGACUCUUUGGACGCGAGAGUUGGUGGGGAAAGAUGUCACGAGACCGCCCUCCUGGCCUUGAUCCUUCGCCGCAUUGUCAUCGCGUAUCUAAGAGACAGCAAACUCCUAGAGACGUUUAAGGCACUCGUUACCGAGUAUCGCGCCGAGCACGCCCAAGACAAACGUUGGACCAAAGUUUUCAAGGUCCAAGAUAUUUAUGUUGAUGACUCUGACCGUUACAAACACAUCAUUAAAUCGAUAAUCAACUUUAUAGGUCCCGACUGGACAACGUUUAUUGGCUCUGCGCGGACACUUGCAUCAUUCAGUGUACUCAGCACUAUGGAGUGCGGUUUGAGUGUUUACUACCGUCGUUUGGGAGAUGUCCUUGUCGCCACAAGCAAGGAACAACGUGCUGCUGGGAUGGGAGAAUAUUAUGAUGCCGAGUAUCCACUGCGUACAACAUUCACCCAUAUUUCUUUCAAGCUUAUUGAGAAACUCUCUGCUGAAGUUUUGACAAAAGGGGUCUCAGAAAGCCCUUUUGGUGCACAGCCUCGGGCCUGGGAGACCCUUCCAGAACAAGCACGAGAGAUGCUCUGUUGGCAAUACAAGAUUCCGAUCACGCUCUGCAUGCCCCGCCUACGAUAUGAGAAUGCUCCUGAUGGUGCAACGAGCAUGGCGACAUACAAGCUUACUUCGGCACCUGUUCGGACUUAUAUUUCUACCAAUGAGUCCUGCGGAAGCUUUAAAAUGGUGGAUACUGCACAAAAGGGCAUUGAAGACGAGCCAUGCUGGAAGCUGGGUGGCUACAGCAUGUAUCACGAAUCACAGCCUGGAACGCUUCUCUCCUCGGCUAAUGAUGGCGAAUAUAUCGAGGCGCUGGAGCAGUCUGACGUGGGUCAUUUGCUGUCUCUAUUUGGUUUCGUCCAUCGCGUUGACCUUGUGGCGUUACGAAGCUCAAUAUGUGGAGGAACCGCGCGAUCUGCUGAGUUAAGCUUAGAGGGCGUCCACUCUGGUUGGGGCUUGAGCUCAAUCGGUCAGGCGAACAACUUGGGCCUUCUCUCGCUCUCUAUCGCUUCCGAUAAGAUCGCUAGGCAGUGCAAUCUGAAUGAUACGGUUCUUGCACAUCAACACAACAUCGCGGCGAGAUCGUCUUAUCAAAUGCAAUGCAAGCCGAUACCCUUCACUUUUGACCACAUUGACAUUUCUACUCCUAGGCAUGAACAAUCCAAGUGGGCUGGUAUUCUCCGCAAACACCUAUCAACGACGGAGCCCAUGUAUGCAAAUCUUUUUGUGAUAGGCAAUACGUGUUAUGGUAUGAAGGACGAGGCAGAAGCCGAUAGACUCAUGCAGGUCAACAACGACCGUGAGAAGAUCGAAUCCUUACUUCAGCGACAUCCUGGACAUGAUGUUUUCUUAACAACGGACCAUAAGGCCAAACUAAAGAGGAGUAAGGAGGAAACUAGGAAGAAAAAGUUUAUAUGCAAGAUAGAUGUCGCUGAACCCGUACGAUGCGCAAUCAUCAUCGCAGGCUUUCUUGGUUGCCUAAGCCUAUACAUUGUUAUCCACCAAGGAAACGCCGUAGACCAAGAUUACAAAACUAUAUCUCAUCUUGCGUCAACGUUCCUAUUGGUCACUGUCAUACUCUCGAUUGCUUAUGGAACCCAACAAAGGAAUGGUAGGCGGGAUGGUGUCAACCUUGCUCAGGUGCGCUUUGAAGCGGCUAACCGCUCAAAUAUCUCGUUGUGGUUGCCAAUGGCUUUGAAUAAGGAGGAUGUCACUCCCAGCCCUUAUUUUCUAAAGUCAAACAUUUCGGUCUCGGCUCUUUCUCCUAAGUCGAAAUCGGGCGGUUUCUGUCAUGGAAGCUAG